AUGCUUUCCUACAGAAACAUGGCGUUGCCCAUGUGCAUGCCGCGGAGUUUACGGUUGUGUGUGCUUCGAGAUACUUGUUUGGUGUCACUGAGGUCACGGCGCCGCCCCUCAUGGUGCUUCAGUACUGCGUUUGGCCGACACUAUGCGGUCAAAGUGCUAAAGCCAUCUGCAGCAGUUGUGCGACCAAGCACGGACAAAAGGCCUUAUAUCAACGUAGGGACGAUAGGUCAUAUCGACCAUGGUAAAACAACGCUUACUUCGGCGAUCACCCGUGCCCUCUCUGCUGAAGGACUCGCCUCCUUCAUUAAGUACGACGAAAUUGAUCGUGCGCCGGAGGAGAAGUUGCGAGGGAUCACAAUCAAUGCGACGCACAUACAGUACAGCACUAGCGCCCACCAUUACGCUCACACAGACUGUCCAGGGCACGCUGAUUUCAUCAAAAACAUGAUCUGCGGCACGAGCCAAAUGGAUGGCGCCGUCCUUGUAGUUGCUGCCGACGAUGGCUGCAUGCCGCAGACACGAGAGCAUCUCUUCGUAUGCAAGCAGCUAGGCGUGAGAAAGAUCGUAGGAUUUGUCAAUAAAGCGGAUGUUGUGGACAGGGACGUACUCGAGCUUGUGGAACUCGAGCUCCGCGACUUGCUUGAAGAGUACAAAUUCGAGAACUCAAACUCGUCGCCCGUGGUGUGGGGAUCAGCCCUGAGGGCCAUGGAAGGCGACGAAUCUGAGUACGGGCUUCCGUCCGUGCGCAAGCUCCUUUCCGAAAUGGAUAGUUACUUCAUACCGCCCACACGCGACGUCACGGGCCCUCUGCUCUUGCCGCUCGAGAAUGCGAUUAACGUGCGGGGAAGAGGCACUGUUGUUGUAGGAACAGUGUUGAGGGGAACUAUGCGAAAGGGCCAGCAAGUAGAAAUUGUUGGCUACGACGAGACGCUGCACACAGUGGUCACAGAAAUACAGCGUUUCAACAAGCCCAUUGAUGUCUGCCAAGCAGGCGACCACGUAGGUUGCCUUCUCCGCGGGGUCAAGACGCAAGACAUUCAACGUGGAAUGACUUUGGUUGCCUUAGGAACAGCAUCCUUGGGAAACCGCUUUGCAGCACAGCUCUAUCUGCUUACCAAGGAAGAAGGUGGCAGGUCGAAGCCCAUAUCAAAAAAGUAUAUCAUGCCUAUGUACUGUGGUACCUGGACAAUGCCUUGCCGUGUGGAUGUGGCUGGAGAUAGUAUGCUCAUGCCGGGAGACUUUGCCGAAGUAGAGCUGACGCUACCAAAAAAGAUGCUUAUGGUUGCAGGACAGAACUUUUCAAUCCGUGAGGAGAAGCGAACUGUUGCAACUGGAAUCAUAAGCAAGAUUCUUCCAAACGUUAUAGCCACUACAGCUCAGGUUGGAAAGAUAGACCUGAGUGACAUAGAAUCGCAGAAGUCUUCGUGAAGUGUUUAAACUAGCAUCACCGUUGUUAACGUUAGAAAGUGGUCUUGAAUAUUGGAAAUUGUAUAUAAAUUACCUAUCUCAUCCAUGGUC